UUUAUAUUUAUUUUCCAAAGUUAUUCGAUAUUUAUAUUUUGCAGGAGAUACUAAAACCAUAAAAAAGUUGUGAAAAGAUUAUAUGGUUUGUAAGAUAGAAGAUAUUGAAAAUAACACAUUCAUAGUUAGUCAGCAAAAUGAAAAUAUAAAAACUAAAAGUGAUGACGUUCUCAAAGGGCGUAUGUUUUUUCUUAUAUCUGAAAUUUCAUCGACUAAUUAAUUCAUAAUUUAUUAAAGUUGUGAAAAUUUUACUGAGCUGCUCGAUAGUAAAUGCGCUGUACUUUACAUUUAAUUAAAUUGCGCCGUAUCAAAGCGAAAAACAAAGUAUUCAUUGUAUGCAUGCUAUUGAGAAAGAAAGAGGGUGGUUUUUUAUUGUUUAAACGCAAUGCUGAGGAACUAAAUGCAAAAAGGAGAUGUAUACAUAUGCCAUAAAUUCAUAAGAAGCCGAAGAAAACAAUCAAGCGGAAAACGAAAAUUGAUUAUCAAAUGUCGCCAAGACCUGCGCGAUCAACUCGUGCAAGGGAUAAGCAAAAAGAGUGUAAAGGACUUGGAAAAAAUCGGAAGUACUUAGAAAAUGCAGAAAUCAAAGUUCAAUAACUAUUAAAAGGCGGUCCCAAGCAUUGCCGGAUCAGUGCAGGAACAAUAACAAUUUAAGUGAAGGAUCCCCCAUAUCAAAUACACAAAAGAUUAAAAGAAAGGCUUUAGUUAAAUGUAAAUCUGUAAGAAGACAACCUUCAUAUACUUUACAGCUAAAAGAUUGUAAACCAUUGAGAGUACGGGUUAAAAGGAUUGAUUCAUUACAGCUAAAAAAAGGAAGUGUUGAAGAAGUUGACUCAAAUCAAUUAAAACAACUAAACAAUACAGUAAACACGAUGAGAACCAGGAGAGCUUUUGAGAACGUCACUACAAAUUGCAGAAAGGAUUGCAAUUCUUUACCAAAAAGAAAGAAAAAACGCGAUCAAACUAAUUCAAAAACACUAAUUAAUUCAUUAAAACCAAACACGGAACAAAACAUAAACAAUAUCGAACAGAAGAAGCUAACCAGGCAGGCAGUGAAACAAGACGCGGCUCUUAAAAAUGCUAAUAGUAACAAAGAGACAAAUAUUUUGCCAAAAGUAAAGAAAAAACCUGAUAAAACAAAUCCAUCAACAAAUCACUCGUUUAAGGAGAACAUAAUAUUAGCUAAUGUAGUGAUGACUCCUUUGCGGCUUAAUAAUUUGAAUAAACUCAGUCUUACGAAGUGUUCAACUGCUCAAAAGACAACAAGUACUUAUUCUCCAAAAGCCCUAGAUAUUUCCCAAUUUAGUCCAAUAAGAAAUUCGACUGUUUUUGAACUCGGCGAAAAACUGUGUGAAGAGGAGUUAGGAAGUUCAGAGACCAGUGCAAAACGCAACAGCUCCAACUCAAAAGGAAGUCGAGUUUUGAAAAAUUUAACAAACAACCCAGAAUUGAUUGAGCAAAUAAUAACCGCUGAAAGACAGAGCGAUGACGAACUAGAAAUUAUUAAUACGGAAGAAAAACACGGCACUACCGAGAAGGAUGCGCCCAAACACGAAAAUAAAAGCCAUAAAUUCUUUCAUCGAUCGCCCGAGAGGAAAACGCAAUCGAGAAAAACAGCGAAAGAACCAGAAAAAGUUUUUGAAUUUCUGUCACAAUCAGAUACUUCGGAAUGUGAAGCGGCAAAAAAUAAAGAUCCAGCCGCGGAUAUUAUACAAAAAUUGAUAUCUGAAGGAAAAGUAUGUGUGGCAAGCACACACAAAGGUACAGGUCGGCCUUUUAUGAAGCGAUUACGCAAAAAAACUGGAAAAAAGAAAAAAAUAAUUACAAAACAAAAAGCAACCAAAGUAAAAAGGAAAGAAAUAAUAAACAAAGUCAAUAAUAUAAAGGAAGGUGCUGAUGAACUACCCAAUGAUUUUAUGUGUGACGCUUCCUUGACACCUGUUCAUAAUCACGAUUUCGAUGCACAGGAUAUACCGGAAAUAGACGAACCUUCUAAUGAGGGUGGUUUUAGCCGUUUGGCGCGUUCAGUACUUUUACAACAAACAAAGAAUACACAUAAAAAAGAUCUUACCGAACAACGUCGACUACUCGCGAUUGCACGUAAUUUUGUUAGCACACCAGCGGCUAAUUGUCAAAAUCAACAUAUAUCCACUUCUGACCUAUCUCCUAUUCAGUCACUUAACUUACAACGGCGCCCAGUGUGCCCGUCACCGUGGCGUAUAGACGACGAUUCGCAUCUACCGAGAGUUUUUAACUUCAGUAAAAAUACUUCAUGCAUGCCAACAUUUUCCAGUGAUUAUAUUCCUCCAACACCUAAGAAAAACAAACAAUUAAAUAACAAUACACAAAUUUCCAAUGAUUCGAAUGCCAUAUUUAAUAAACCCACCCGGAUCGAACAAGAUAAUUCCUUCACCAUACCAACAAAUCUGACAAACACUAACUCGAAUGAUCAAUUGAUCAAGUCUUUAGGAUCAGAACAGGAUUCGAAUGCAGAAAAUAUGCCACCUCCCACUUUGGACCCGGUGCCAACAAUUUCGAAUAGCGAUGAGAAUGCAGAAAUAUAUAAUUUACGACAGCAACCUAAUCCCCGGCGCACACUUCGUAAUCGGAGUCCACUGAAAGCCAUUAACAUAUUAGAAGUUGUAAGUCUCCCUCCGUGGAAGAAGCCUGAAGCAACUGAUACCCGGAAAGAUCUAAGAAAUUCUACGGCUGCUAGUGAAAAUAGCAAAGAUGAAAAAUCAAAUGGGGCAGAUGAUUUAUUCGGUUUUGAAGAGUUUUUAGAUGCCAACUCAGAGGCUGAAGAGGAAGAACCCACAAGUGCGACUAGUACAAAAGCACCGAAUAGGCCGUCUAUAAAACGAAAUUUACGUAAGAAACUUAAGGAUCUCCAGAAGUGGCGGCCAAAAGACACUAAUCAAGGCAAAUCUGAUGGUACGUUAAGAUCAUGUCGCCUUUUCGGCGAAGGUGAUCGGCCGAAGCAACGGCUCAUUAAAGAAAUGCUUUGUUCAACUAUGAUUAAUCGCGAACAAGCAGAAAUUGGAAAUGACGGAAGUGAUGAAGAGUGUAACGAUGAAGCGGAGAACAAUGCGAAAGCAAAUGACACCGAUUUUUUUAAUGAUUAUGAACCAGAAACGACACUUGACAAAAAGCAAACCCAACGUACAUACGGUCGACCGGCUAAGAGGAAACGUAAGACAAGAAAUAAUUUCGUUAUGUUUCCAGACAGUGAAGAAUCAAAUUCGGACUCUGAAGACGAAGAACACGGGCAAAAGAAAAAGGCACAGAAGAAGCGACGACAUGAAGCACAGGCUGAUGCUAAAGAAAAUCCUGUAUUGAAAUCGUUUAUAAACGAAUUCAAUAGCAUGUGCAAAGAAGUAGAAAACUAUGAGCUGCAUGUGGAGUAGCGUGUUCGCAAUAUAAUUUUAUAAUUUUGUCUUCGUAAAUUCUGAUGAAAUUGAUUUAAAUAUAUUUUUUAAUUUAU